AGCGGGAAAGCCAAAAAAUUUGAAGCCGUCAGCGUAGAAAUGAAGAUGAAAGUUGCAAUCUUGAAGAACGACCGAGUCAUGGACCUCAGUAAUAGAUAGAGCAGCAGAACCCUUCAAUCUCCAGAGCCCAAAGUCGAUCAAUUCAACCAUGGAUGAAGAAUCCAUCAACAGAAUUCUUGCAGAACUGGAAGCCCAAAAUCCCCUUUCAGCAAUUUCUCUCAAGGACCUUCAAACCCUUCUGGAUUACACACUCAGAACCAAUGAUUCAACAGAUCUUGAAUCUUUUUAUGCUGAAAUUUCUUCAAGAAACCUCUCUUUAACUUCAUUAACCAGUUCCAUUUCCUCCCUCAUGGAUUCUACCGGACCCACAAGAAGUACUCUUUCCCUUUUAGCCUCAAAUGUUUACCUUUCUUUGCUUUUAUCCCCUAAUUCUCCUGUUUUAACUCUGUUCACUCCCAUGGCUUUUGUGUCACUGUUGCGGUCGAUUCGUUGGGCUUUCAAGAACCCAUCUCUGGUUUCUAAUGACGGUCCUGGGGGUGAAAAUCGGGGUAGAAAAAAGCGCGGUGGAGGGAGGCUAGGGGUGGGGAAAAAUAAGGGAAAACUGGUGGAAGAGAGUGAAAAUGACGGUGAAGAGGGAGUUAUUGAGGCGAGGGUGUUUUUUAGUGUUCUGGAGAGGUUGGAAUUAGUGUUGGGCUUGGUUCAUUUGGAUAGGUUUCCGGAUAGUUUGAGGAGUUUGGUUCAGACAGUGGCUGAGAUUCCUGUUGUGGCAGUUGAGGUUUGUAGGAGUUCAGGGAGUUAUGAAAAGUUAUGCGAGCUGAGUUCUCAGAUUUUGAAUGAAGUGCUUAAAGCUGAGCAUGCGGAUCAGACAGUUUCUGCAGCUGAAGUUUUGAAGUGUUUGACACCUUUGAUGUUUCUUCCUAAAUCACAGGCUAGGAGUUUUGGAUUGCAGUUUGUGGUGAAUAGAAUGAUGAGAUUGGCUAACCAUUCGAGUCAGAUUAAGAAAGCAGUUGUCAAUUUGCCCAAGUACUUGGUGCAUAAGGCCCCGGAAAAGGCUGAGCCAAGGGCUUUGGCUGUGGAAUCUAUAAUGGAGAUUGUUAAAGUUUUGGCGUUUGAGGAUCAAGUUGAAUUUACACAUUAUGUAGUCAAGAUGAGCCAAGGAAAAGGUCAAUUUAGGCUUCUGUCCGUUGACCUAAUUCUUAUGUUGAUGACGACAUUGAGAGACCCCUUGGGAUUGGAUUCAGGUGAUAAAGUUGAGAACUUGUGGGGUUUGACUUGUUUGGAGACAUUAAUUGAGCGUUGCUCAGAUGUUACCGCUGGGAUUAAAGCGAGGGCCUUAACUAAUUUAGCUCAAGUUGUAGGAUUUUUCUCUGGGAAUAAUAGGAGCAGGACAUUGUUGAAGGAAGUGAUGGGGUUUGGGAAUGAGGGCUUGAGUAGCACGAAAUGUAGGAUGAAUGAUCUCUUGCUGAAACGGUGUAUGGAUGAGAAGGCUGCAGUCAGGAAGGCGGCUCUUUUUCUGAUCUCCAAGUUAACAGUACUUUUAAGAGGUGCUCUUGAUGGAGAAUUGCUGAAGAUCGUGGGCAUGGCUUGUUCUGACCCCCUUGUUAGUAUACGGAAAGCAGCAAUAUCAGCUCUUUCAGAGGCCUUUAGAUUAUUCUGUGAUACAAACGUAACUAAAGAGUGGCUACAUUCUGUUCCACCUUUAAUAGCUGACAAUGAAUCUAGCAUCCAAGAAGAAUGUGAGAGCCUGUUUUCAGAACUUGUUCUUGAUCGAGUAUCUAAGGUUCCAUCAGAUACCACAUCCCAUCAUCAUUCUUUCACGGAUAAGUCAAAUGGAAAGUCAAGGAUUUUGGAUAGAGAAAUUGAGUUGUUAUGUCCUGAGGGAGUUUUGUGUAUACUAAAAGAGACUUGUGAUGCAGAGGUGACUUCUUGGGUGAAGAAGAUCUGUACAAGCUUAGGAAAGAAAAAAAGGCUCAAGCCCAAGAUUGCUACAGCCCUCCAGAAUAUCAUAAGGGCGUCUGAAUCCCUGUGGUUGAGUCAUUCUAUGCCAAUCGAGAAGUGGACAGCACCUCCAGGUGCCUGGCUUCUGUUAUCAGAGGUGUCAGCAUUCCUUCCAAAGGAGGUGGAGUGGGAAUUCCUCCAUCAUCAUUGGCAGCUCGUGGACAAGUAUGAACCUGCUGGUGAGCUUAGGAGCCCACACGAAAAAAGAGAUGGCAAUGAGGAAAUGGACAUAGAACCUAAUUCGGUUGCUUGGGCAGGGGACCGUGUCUUCCUCUUGCAAACAAUCUCUAAUGUUUCUGUGAAGCUGCCUCCUGAACCUGCUGCUGAUCUAGCUCAUAACUUUCUCAAGCGACUUGAGGAGUUCAACAUGCAUUCAACUGAGGUUAAUGCUCAUGUAAAGGCACUCAGAACUCUUUGCAAGCGUAAGGCCUUAAACCCAGAGGAGGCAGAUUCCCUUGUCAUAAAAUGGGUGCAUAGA